AAUAGAGCUCAGCACAGAUAGGUGCCCGCCCAAGCGAGAGACAGCCACCACAGCAACAGGCUUUCAGCGCACAGACAGCUCUCCACCGCUCAAUGUUUCAGAGCUAACCGUUGACCUCUUUUCUAUCGCUUUUACCAUCGAUUUCUACUUUUUAAUGAACCAGGAAAGUUGGUCAUAUCGUUUAUUGUAGUUAAUUGCUAUUAGUUUUUUUCGGUAGUUUUUUCUCUAGCCCAGUCGUCUAUUUAUCUAACGAACUGCUGCAGAGCACCGGCAGGUGACUAUGGCGAAGGGACCGGUGCUGGUGACUCUAUCCCUGGCGGCUGGCGGCCCUACGCGGCUUGUUUUGCUGCUGUUAUGUCCGCUAAUCUGCGGCCUCUCGGCGCAGGGCCAGGAGCUGCCAACCAACCGGGUGAAUGGCUACAGCCUGCACCCACCUUAUUUUAACCUAGCGGAAGGGACCAAAGUCACGGCGACAGCGACCUGCGGAGAAGGGGACAAUGGGCGGUCGAUACGUGACUUGUACUGCAAGCUGGUCGGAGGGCCAGUGUCAGGGGACCCGAGUCAAACCAUCCAGGGUCAGUACUGUGACACCUGCGCCAUGGGGGACAGUGACAGAGCCCAUCCCAUCUCCAAUGCCAUCGACGGGACAGAGAGGUGGUGGCAGAGCCCUCCUCUCUCCCGCAGCACUGAGUUCAACCAGGUCAACGUUACCCUGGACCUGGGACAGCUCUUCCACGUGGCCUAUGUCCUGAUCAAGUUUGCCAACUCUCCUCGACCAGACCUCUGGGUGCUAGAACGUUCCACCGACUUCGGAGAGACCUACCAGCCAUGGCAGUUCUUCGCCUCUUCUAAGAGAGACUGCAUUGAGCGCUUCGGACAGCGAACCAUCGAACGCAUCAACUCCGACAACGACGUCAUCUGUACCACUGAAUACUCCCGCAUCGUACCCCUGGAGAAUGGAGAGGUGGUGGUGUCUCUAGUGAACGGGCGUCCCGGGGCUAUGAACUUCUCCUACUCUCCAGUCCUGAGGGAUUUCACCAAGGCCACCAACAUCCGUCUCCGUUUCCUCAGAACCAACACCCUCCUGGGACACCUGAUGGGCAAGGCCCUCCGCGACCCCACCGUCACACGCAGGUAUUACUACAGUAUCAAGGACAUCAGUAUCGGAGGACGCUGUGUGUGUAACGGCCACGCUGAGGCCUGCGACCCACACGACCCCAACGACCCCUACAAACUGCAGUGUGAUUGCCAGCACAACACUUGUGGGAAGUCAUGUGACCAGUGUUGCCCCGGAUUCAACCAGCUACCAUGGAAACCAGCGACCAUUUACAAGGCUAACGAGUGUGAACCGUGUAACUGUAACCAACACUCUUUUGGCUGUUACUACGACCCCGAGGUUGACCAGAGGAGAGCUAGCAUCAACGUCCAGGGACAGUACAGGGGGGGCGGAGUCUGCAUGGAGUGUCAGCAUCACACCGCUGGUGUCAACUGUGAGCGCUGUAUCCUCACCUACUACAGAUCACCUGACCAUCCCCUGGACUCCCCAUUGGCCUGCUCCCCCUGUGUGUGCCGGUCAGAGUUCACAGAUGGUACCUGUGAGGAUCUGACGGGUCGUUGUUACUGUAAACCCAGCUACACCGGAGCGAACUGUGACUCCUGUGCUGAGGGAUACAUUAACUUCCCAGACUGCUACUCCAUAGCAACCUACAUCAACAACAACAAUAGCAACAGAGAAGCUAAACCUGCCGGAGAAAUCAUCAACUGUGAGUGCAGUGCUGCUGGGACGGAGGGAAACUCCUGCCGUCCUGAUCCGCGUACCCGUACCUGUAUCUGCAAACCUGGCUUCACUGGGGAACACUGUGACAGCUGUGUCCCAGGGUACUACGGACUCAACUGCCAGACAUGUCGGUGCUCAGGCGCUGGGUGCCAAGGUGGUAGGUGUGAUACGCUGACGGGGCAGUACCAGUGUCACCAAGGCUUCCAGGGCUACUCAUGUGACCAGUGUGCUCCAGGCUACUUCAACUACCCCCUCUGCCGACCUUGUCAGUGCUCAGCUGAGGGCUCCAGGUUCAGUAGCUGUGACCAGGUGAGUGGUCAGUGUACCUGUCUACCCAACGUCGUGGGACAGAGGUGUGACACCUGCAGCUCUGGAACCUACGGAUUCCCUCUCUGCCAAGCUUGUCAGUGCUCAGCUGAGGGCUCCAGGUUCAGUAGCUGUGACCAGGUGAGUGGUCAGUGUACCUGUCUACCCAACGUCGUGGGACAGAGGUGUGACACCUGCAGCUCUGGAACCUACGGAUUCCCUCUCUGCCAAGCUGACACAUGUAACCCAGCCGGUUCUGUACAGAACGAGGUCCUGCCAACCAUUGGCUCCUGUGAGUGUCUUCUCUAUGUGGAGGGAGUGGCCUGUGACAGGUGUAAACCUCUGUUCUGGAACCUGUCACCUGACACCGUCUAUGGAUGCUCCAACUGUGAAUGCAACGUUGAAGGGACAAUGGGUGGUGUGGCAGAGUGUGCUCAGAGUAACGGCCAGUGUCCCUGUAAGCCCAAUGCGUGCGGUGGCACCUGCUCUGUGUGUAAAGAUGGAUUCUUCAACCUGCAGAGUGACAGCUUCUUCGGCUGUCAAGGUUGUCAGUGCGACAUUGGAGGAUCAGCGGGACAGUCCUGUGGGGAGAGGAACGGGAGAUGUCGCUGCAGACCCAACGUAGAGGGACCCAAGUGUAACAGGCCUCGUCCGGACCACUACUUUCCAGACCUGCACCACCUGAAGUUUGAGAUAGAGGAGGGUACCACGCUGGACGGGCGGCCGGUGCGUUUCGGCUAUAACCCCGCGGAAUUUGAAAGGUUCAGCUGGAGAGGGUACGCUCAGAUGUCCCUAAUACAGAGCGCGGUCAAACUGUCGGUGCACGUGAGUGAGGUGGAUGUCUACCUCACGAGGUUCAUUCUCAGAUAUGUCAACUCUGAGGCUGUUGUCUCCAAUGGCAAAAUAACAGCCUAUCAGAAGAGCCGGAAAGGCUCAGAACAGUCCAAACAGAUUGUGUUUGCCCCCAGCUCAGAACCUACCUUCGUCAAUGUGCCCCAGAAUAACUUUGUAGAACCAUUCGUCCUUAACCCUGGUACCUGGACGGUGAUCAUCGAAGCUGAGGGCAUACUGCUGGACUACCUGGUGCUCCUGCCCAGUGCCUACUAUGAAGCUCCCAUUCUCCAGAUCAAAGUGACUGAGCCAUGCUCCUACAGGCCUGCACCGGAUACCAGCCACAACUGUUUGCUCUACAAGUAUCUGUCUCUGGAUGGGUUCCCCUCCGCAUCUGGUAACGAUGCCAGCUGCAGGUUCGACAACCACCUGCCCAGACCCUGUCACCAGGAGAGGAUCACCCCUUUCCACCCGGACAUGGCCGUCUGCAGUGGCAGCAAUCUAAAUGUCCAGCUGCGUAGUCGUGUGCCCCGUCCCGGGGACUAUGUUCUGGUGGUAGAAUACGCCAGUGAGGAGGAAGCACCACAGACCAUCUCUGUGUCCGUCAACACACCUGGCGGAAGGACACACCAGCACCACGUCACACUGCUGCCCUGCAAAUACAGUUUCCUGUGUCGGGUGGUGACCAUCGAUGAGAUGAAUCGCGUGGCUGUCUUUACUCUCCCUACUGAUGCUGAGGUCCAACUGAUCGCUGACAGAGCCAGCUUCCUCCUGCACAAAGUGUACCUGGUUCCUCGGGAGAAGUUCACUAUGGAAUACCUGGCGCCUAAGGUCCACUGUAUCUCACCUGACAGUUCGUCCUGUAUCGCAUCGAUGUUCCAGACCCCGUCUGAUUCGCUGGUGUUGAAGGAAGGUCAAGGGUUAUCGGUCCAGGAGCCUGUCCUGGCCUCCACUGAUGAUCCCCCCCUAGAGCCGGCAGGAGCCCGUCCUCCCACCGCGGCGGAUAACGUGGACCACUUCCGCCUUGAUAACAGCCAGAAUGCAGCAGUGUACUCUGGCCGUGUCCAUACUCUGGGUCGCUAUGUGUUCAUCCUCCACUACCACCAACCCCUCCACCCCACCUACCCUGUCCAGGUCUUCAUCAACGGGGGACGCAUCUGGCAGGGCCAUGCCAACGCCUCCUUCUGUCCCCAUGGUUAUGGUUGCCGUAGCGUUCUGAUCUCCGAGAACCAGAUCAUUCUGGACGUGACGGACAACGAGAUCUUCCUGACUGUCCAGGUCCCCGAUGGCAAAACACUCUGGCUGGACUAUGUUCUGGUGGUACCAGAGAGCAGCUACAGCUACAGUUACCUGUCUGAAGAACCUCUGGACAAAUCAUAUGACUUCAUCAGCAACUGUGGACAGAACAGCUUCUACAUCAAUCCUGCCACAGCCUCUCUAUUCUGUCGUGGUUCAGCCAUCUCUCUCUCUGCGUUCUUCAACAACGGUGCCUUGCCCUGCGGGUGCCAUGAGGUGGGCGCGGACAGCGAUACCUGCCAGCCCUUCGGCGGGCAGUGCCAGUGCAGACCGAACGUCAUCGGCAGGGACUGUUCACAGUGUGCCACGGGCUACUGGGGGUUCCCCAACUGUAGAGCGUGUCAGUGUGGUACACGGCUGUGUGAGCCGGUGACUGGAGACUGUAUCUGCCCACCGAGGACCCUGCUCCCAGAGUGUAUCCAGUGUGAGCCGCAGACGUUCGGCUGUCAUCCUCUGGUCGGCUGUGAGGUCUGCAACUGUUCCCGUCCUGGGGUCACCGCCCCCGACGUCAGCUGUGACACCGACAGUGGACAGUGCAGAUGCAAGAACAACAUCAUUGGUCGUCAGUGUGAUCGCUGCACCCAUGGUUUCUAUGGUUACCCCAACUGUAGGCCAUGUGACUGCAACGACGCGGGGACAGAGGAGGAAGUGUGUGACUCUUACACGGGACGAUGCCUCUGCAAGGAGAAUGUCCAGGAUGGUCGUUGUGACCAGUGCAGAGUGGAGACCUUCCACCUUGACCCCACCAACCCUAAAGGCUGCACUUCCUGUUUCUGUUUCGGAGCCACCAACCGCUGUCGCAGCUCAGAGAAACGACGAACUGAGGUGAUGGACAUGAUGGUCUGGGUGCUGCUGGGAACAGACAGACAGGAAGUUCCUGUGACAGUAUAUCCUGAUCAGCAUGUGGUGGAGGCGGACCUUAGUGACGUACCUGAUGUCUACCAAGACCUCCUCUGGCACGCUCCUAGAACGUACCUGGGAGACAAGGUUUCGUCUUAUGGAGGCUAUCUGCGGUACCGUCUGCACACUCAAACUAUGAGAGGAGAUGUUCUCUCUCUGCCCGCUGAAGCCUCUCGACCUGACGUCAUUCUCAAGGGUAACCAGAUGACCCUGGUGUUCAUGGAGAGAGAAUACUCUUCACCUGAAGAACCACACCUGGGGAUAGUCCACAUGGUAGAGGGAAGUUUCCGCCACGCCCUGACGGGCAACGUCGUGUCUAGAGAGGAACUGAUGAUGGUUCUGGUGAAGUUAGAGUCUCUCCAGAUCAGAGCUCUCCACUCCCAGUCUGCCCACACUGUGUCGCUACGCGGGGCCGUGCUGGAGGGAGCGCAGACCCUGCCCACGGGGCGACAUGCCAACAACGUAGAGAUCUGUCUCUGUCCCGCUAACUACCAGGGAGACUCCUGUCAGCAAUGUUCUCCAGGGUACUACAGAGACACUAAAGGUCUGUUCCUGGGGAAGUGUGUUCCCUGCAACUGUAAUGGCCACUCUGACCAGUGUCUGGAUGGGUCUGGAGUCUGUGAAAACUGUCAACACAACAGGGCUGGAGACCAUUGUGAGAAAUGUCAAGGUGGUUUCCAUGGUAACAACUCUCGAGAUGGACAAUCCCUCUCCUGUGACACCUGCCCCUGUCCUCUGCAGGUGUCCUCCAACAAUUUUGCAGUGGGCUGUGUGGAGAAACCCAACAGGAUGCAGUGUCUGUGUAUGCCUGGCUACGCUGGACCCCAGUGUCAAAGGUGUGCUCCCGGUUUCUACGGCAACCCCAUGGUGAUUGGCAGCGCGUGCCAGCCCUGCCAUUGCCAUGACAACACGGACCCCAACAUGCUGUUCAGCGACUGUGACGGGCUGACGGGCGAGUGUCACAGCUGCAUGCACAACACCGCCGGGACGCACUGCGAGAUCUGCGGCCCCGGUUUCUACGGUGACGCCGUCACUGCCAGGAACUGCACCAGAUGCAACUGCUCUCCCUGUGGCACAGCUUCAUGUGACCGUCACACAGGACAAUGUCAAUGUAAACAAGGUGUGACCGGACCACACUGUGACCGCUGCCAGGACGGUGCGUUCGGCUAUGAGUCGUGCUCCGGGUGUCGUCGCUGUGACUGUGACGCCGCGGCGGCCCUGGUCCAACCGUGUGACCCAAGGACCGGGUCGUGUGCCUGCCAACCAGGGACCAGUGGCCCUAACUGUCGCCAGUGUGCCCCUGGGUACUGGGACUACCGCCCUGAGGGAUGCAGGAAGUGUCAGUGUCAGCACGGUCGCUGUGACCCUCGGACAGGGGAGUGUCGCUGUGGAGACGGCUUGACAGGCAGACAGUGUGACAGCUGUUCCCAUAGAUACAAUGUUCCUGUACAGCACGGACGUGACAUGACCUGUGAACCAUGUGACAGCUGUGUUGUAGUCCUGUUGAAGGAUCUAGACGGUAUGACUGACAACUUUGGCUCAGUGGCUCGUCACCUGAUCAACCUGAGCGUCUCCUCUAUCCCCUGGGCUCAGCUACACAACCUCAGCAGAUCCGUGAACGAUAUCGCUAUUGCCAUAGAGAACUACAGCGAUACUCUGGAUGAGAGCAGUAAUAGAGUGGACAUGUUGGAGGGAGAGUUCAUCAACAUCAAUUCAGAUAUCAAUGACCUGGAGGGGAAGGUGGUGGCGACAGCAGACAAAGCAAACACUCUGGAGGACAGCGGCACUGACACGCAUCAGAGAGCCUGGGACCUGCUCUCACACAUCAAGAGCAUCAUGGGCAAGGUGAAAGACCUCAUGCUGCAGGUAAAACGUACGGUUCUGAAUGAGACAGAAGUGGAGCAGGAGGAGGAAGACCUCUCUAAGAAGAUACAGCAGGUGGAGGCCAUGCUGAGAGAGAUGAGAUUCAGGAGCUGUGUCGGCCAGAAGAAGAUAGCCGACAGAGAGCUGUCCGAGGCUGAGAAACUGCUGGAGAAGGUAAAAGACCAGCUGGUGAGUCGUGUGGUGGAGAACGAGGAUUUGGUGAAGAACAUCAGGGAGCGUCUGAGGAAGUUCCAUGACCAACUGAUGGACCUGAGGGACGCUCUGAACCAGGCAGUUAAAAACACGGCCGUCGCCUCCGAUACGAACGCUGUUAAUGAGAAGAGGCUGGAGGACUGCCAGCAACACGCGGAUGAGCUGAAUGUGAAGAACAAGGAGGUGGAGAAUCUCCUGCAGAUGGCAGAGGAUGACGUGGCCGCUGUCAAUGACAUGCUGUCUAUGCUGCACGACUCCAAGGAGGACUAUGAGCGUCUGGCAGCCCAGUUGGAUGGUUCCAGGAUGCCCUUGGCAGAGAAGGUGCUGGAGUUUUCCCCCUCUGUCAGUAAGAUACCCCUGGUGGAGGCAGCAGAGAAACAUGCUGAACUACUCAAUGAGCUGGCCAUGAACCUCGCCAGUGUGAUCUCCAACACCAACAAGGACGGUUUCAUCCAACGAGCCAUGAACGCGUCCCGGGCGUACUCUGACAUCGUCGACGCCGUCAGAGCCGCUGAGACUGCUGCCAACCAGGCUGCUAUGGACGCACUGGCGAAUGUACAGGAUCAGGACCUGGGCCAGACAGCUAAAGGUCUGAGGAAACACAGUAUUGAACUGUUGAACCAGGCUGUCAAACUACAGGAAGAUGUCAGUGAUGAACCUCAGCUCCAGGAUGCUAAGACUCGUCUGGAUGAGGCCAGAGACAAACAGGAGACUCUACUGAACGACCUAGAGAUGGUGCAGAGUAGCCUCAACUUCAGUCGAGAGGAGACAGCUAGUGACAUUGAGGAGGCUAAAGCAUCAGCAGAGGAGGCCAACAGUACAGCAGCGAGAGUAAAGGACACCCUGGCCCCUCUCAAGGAGCAGCUGGACCAAUGGCAGCAGCAGUACGGAGACGCCAACACCAACAACAAUGACAUCCACAAGGCCUUCCUGGAGGCCAACACCUCUGUGGGUAUGUUGGGCGAGGCCAUCCCAAUACUGAUGAAGAAGCUGGACAAGCUGCAGAACCACUCAGCCCAGAUGCCCAACAUCUCAGAGAACAUCCUCAGGAUCAGACAGCUCAUAGCUGAGGCUCGCAAGGCAGCCAGCAAGGUGAGCGUACCUGUGAAGUUCAACGGGACAUCGGGUGUGCAGGUGCGCACCCCCAGUAACCUGGCAGAUCUGGCAGCUUACACCUCCCUCAAGUUCUACAUCACCCUGCCCGAAGCCUCACGCACCCGCAGACAGAACCAACCAGACAAACAGUUUGUCUUUUACCUCGGAAACAAGGACUCCAGUAAGGAGUUCCUGGGAAUGAUGCUGGAAGGGCACAGACUGCACUGGCUCUUCAAUGUGGGUGGAGACACGACCGAGGUGGAGAUGCCGGAAGAUGUCCAAACAGAUGGCAACUUCAACAACGUGGUCCUGGAAAGGAUCCUUCAGUACGGUCAGAUGGCCAUGACUUCGGAGACCAGGGUGACCAAGGCUGUGGUGGAUGCAGUAGGGGACAGCGGACUGCUCAACCUCCAGACUGAAGAGACUGUGUUCUAUGUGGGAGGGUACCCUGACACAUUCACGCCCCCUCUCCAGCUCCAGUUGCCCAACUUCAAGGGCUGUAUUGAGCUGGAGACCCUGAAUGAGGAGGUGCUCAGUCUCUAUAACUUUGAGAACAUCUUCCAACUCAACACCACCGAGGAGAAACCAUGUGGAAGAACGAAGCCAGUGUUGACCCAGCAGUGGGUGAACGACGCGGCCUACUUUGACGGGACGGGCUACGCCGAGGUCACCUUGAAGGAGGAUACAGGGAAGAUGCAGCGCUUUGAACAGGAAGUUAAACUGAUGAGUCACAACGGCAUCCUGCUCAUGCUCCUCAGCCAGGAGAAGUUCCUGAGCUUGGCGGUGCAUCAGGGACGUCUCAAGGUCUUCUAUGACGUCACUGGUUCUCUACAGGAGCUGGAGCCUAAAGAUCCAGACUCCCCUUACCUCAAGAUCAGCGACGCUGAACCCAAAUCUUUGGAGAUCAUCCUCCUGUACGAUACGACCACGCGUGUUGUGGUGAGGAACAACCGCCAAACCCUGCUCAACUACGUCUUCACCACGCCCCUGCCGCGCUUCGAAGCCAGCUACUACCUGGCUGGUGUACCAGAGGACAAGAUGCCUGAAAGCCUGAAGGCCCUGUUCCCUCGCCACGGCUCUCUGAAGGGCUGUUUUAGGAACGUCAAGGCCAUGAAUUCUCACAUCGACCUGAAGAGGAUGCCCAGCUCUGGGGUCAGCUACGGCUGUGCCAAUGACCUACUGGUGGCCCGUGAGGCCCACUUCUCAGGCCACAGUUACCUGGACUUGUCUCCAGACAACAUCCCUGGUCUCAGGAACAACUUCUACGCCGGGUUUGGCUUCCGCUCUGACCAGAAGAACGGACUCAUGUUCUACCACCAAGCUCAGGACGGAGUGUGUCAGGUGUUCCUGGAUAAGGGUCAUGUGGUAGUGAGGGCGGGCAACAACGAGGUGAAGACUCAAAAGACCUACAACGACGACAACGAUCAUUAUGUAACUCUGUACAGCAACAACAACAGGUUGCGUGUCUAUGUGGAUGACGUCCUGGAGAAGAAUGGGGAUACGGGUCGUGGGGGAGGCAGCAGCGAGGCAGCACUGUCACCUGGCGGUGUCUACCUGGGAGGGACACCUGACAACAGCCUCAACAACCUCACCGGCUGUCUUAGCAACCUGUUCAUCAAGAGAGACAAGCCUUCUCAGAUGGUGAUGAAUCUGAUGAAUGCUAAGGAGAACAUCAACGUUCCUCUAGACUGUCCCGCUGCCAAUAGACCACAACAGAUCCUGGCCACACCACCACGACAAAAGCAUGUUAAGGAUAAACACAGGAAGCCUGUGGGUGGCGGUGGGUCAGUGGGGCGGAGUCGCAGUGGCAGGAGGUCCUGCCAGGGGGACCUAGCCAAUCAGGAGGAAGUUGGAGCUCUGCACUUCAGUGGCUCCUCCCACAGCCACCAGCGCUACGACAGGCUACCAGAGGUCUUCAGCAGGAAGCCUCACAUCUCCAUGGGUCUACGUGUGAACUCUUCGGAAGGCCUGGUGUUCUGUGUGUCUGGAUCAGGAGAACGUAGCAGAUCUGUGAUGACCCUGUCGGUCUCCGACGGACACCUGCUGCUCCUCAUCGACGGAGGGAAGAGGAAGACUGGCAUCCGCUCGCGCAGGAAGUACAACGAUGGACAGUGGCACACGGUGUUUGUGAAGAGGGAGGGAGAGAUGGCCAGUUUGAUUGUUGAUGGGAUCAAUACCCAGUCAAAGAGGGUCUCGGGAGGGGAGAAAACACCCCUCAGUUCCCCUCUCUACAUUGGAGGAGUUCCCUCAGCAGUCGCCAGCUCACUUCUCACGGUGCCAGGUCCUGGAGGGUUUGUGGGCUGUGUGAGGGACCUGGAGCUGAAUGAGGAGAGCAUAGACAAUCCCUCCACAAGCCUGGGGGUUGUUCCCUGCUUCCAGACCACUCUGCAGCCUGGGGCAUACUUCUCCUCCCAGGGAGGACACAUGGCUAUAGAUGAAGGCCUGGUGUUAGGGCGGGACCUAGAGGUCCAGCUGGAGGUACGGCUGGUGUCUGACUCUGGUCUCCUGCUGCAUGCUGGGUCUGGACAACAGCUCAGUCUCUACCUCAACCAGGGAGAGGUGACAGUCACAGUGAAUAGUGGUCGCGGAAACGUCUUCUCCACCUCUUUCACACCAGAGGAAUCUCUGUGUGACGGACGCUGGCACAGUAUCACAGUCAUGAAGAAGAGCAACGUGCUGCAGCUCCAUGUGGAUGCAGCCAGUGAACACAGUGUGGGGCCCAAGAAGGGCCGAUCCUCAGGGACCAAGGAGACUGUGUACCUGGGAGGAGUACCAGAUGGCGUUGAUGUGCCGGGCCUCCCCGCUGCCCUGCCCUCCUUCCAUGGUUGUGUUCGGAGAGCAGUCCUGAACCAGCGACCAGCCGUGCUUUCUAAACCCCUGUCAGUACACGGUGCUGUGGGCACACAGGGCUGUCCAGUCUAAACCCCUGUCAGUACACGGAGUUUCCCCUGGUUUAGCCCUGUUCCCCCUGGUUUAGCCCUGUUCCCCCUGGUUCAGCCCUGUUCCCCCUGGUUUAGCCCUGUUCCCCCUGGUUUAGCCCUGUUCCCCCUGGUUCAGCCCUGUUACCCCUGGUUUAGCCCUGUUCCCCCUGGUUCAGCCCUGUUCCCCCUGGUUCAGCCCUGUUCCCCCUGGUUCAGCCCUGUUCCCCCUGGUUUAGCUCUGUUACACCCGGUAUGGCCUGUUCCCCCUGGUUUAGCCCUGUUCCCCCUGGUUUAGCCCUGUUCCCCCUGGUUCAGCCCUGUUCCCCUGGUUUAGCCCUGUUCCCCCUGGUUCAGC